AUGGCAGAUAUUUCCUGGACUGAAGGAGUCUCCAGCGAGGCAGCUGCCAACGCCAGCUCAGAAUUCAGCUUGGAAGCAGACUUCCAGUAUUCCUUGUUUACCGUCAUCUACAGCAUUGUCUUCGUGCUGGGACUGAUAGAAAAUGUCUUGGCGCUGUACCUGCUGUCCUGCAGAGUAAAGCACACCUCUCAUUCCUAUGUAUACAUGAUCAAUCUCGCUCUGGUAGACACCUUGUUUGUUUGUGUGUUGCCUUUUAAAAUUCAUUACCACCUGAAUCGGAACAACUGGAUCUUUGGUGACAUGGCUUGUAGGGUGACGGGGACUUUGUACUAUAUCAACAUCUAUCUAAGCAUCGCCUUUUUCACCUGCAUUUGUGUCGAUCGUUACAUUGCGGUGUUGCACCCCUUCACGUAUAUCCAGAUCAAAGUCAUCCAUUGUGUGAUGGUGGUCACGACCCUUUGGCUGGUCGCUCUGAGCAUCAUGGUUCCGCUUAUCCUCGGAGGUCCCCUCCACAACAGCGGCGUGAGGAACACGACGGCGUGUUUUGAGAACUUUGCUACGAGCAGCUGGAUGUACCGCAUGGCGCCUUACAACAUCCUGGCCUUGGUUUUUGGGUUUGUGAUCCCAUUUUCCAUCAUUCUGAUCAGCUACCCUCUCAUUGCGAAGAGGAUCUCCCAGAUCAAGCACAGCAUUCACAAGAGGAAGGCCCUGAGCACUAUCUACAUCAUCCUGGUCAUUUGUACUUUGUGCUUUCUCCCCUAUCAUCUCACUCACUUCCUCCACUUUUUGAUGAGAAUCCAGGUCAUCCAGAAUGAGUCGUUCACCAACUUGAUCUAUAAAACACGAAGGAUCACUUUAGCCCUGGUGAGUUUCAACUGUUGCCUUAACCCGCUCUUGUACUACUUCACCUCUUCCACCAAGCAGUGGCACCUCAACUUCAAGCUCAGGUUCAGGUCUAAAAUAGUGUACACGAUCUGCGACCAGAAAUUUGAGGAGUCCACCUAUGUUUAUAAACUCCAUCGGAGACCAGGCGAUAAAAACCACAGAGAUGGAAUCAACUGA